AUGUCCUUGAGUUCUAUUCUCCCAGUGGUUCAAACGCAAAUGAAUCGUUAUUUAUGUCCAACAGCUUUAGCUCUCGGCAUUACUGGAUCUUUGCUCAACAUUUUACUCUUCUCGCAGAGACAAUAUCGAAAUAACUCCUGUUGCAUAUAUCUCAUCGGAGCAUCUGUAGGAAUGCUCAUUGCCAUGUGCUUUGGACUGGUGCCACGCAUCUAUUCAACAGAUCAUCCAAAUCCAUUAAAUAUAAUAAACGCCCUGUGCAAAACGCGCACCUAUUUUGGGCAGUCUGGUACAAUGUUAUAUCGAUGGUCCCUGACUAUGGCUUGUAUCGAUCGAUGCACUUCAGCAUCUUUCAAUGUUCGUUUGCGACUAUUUGCUAGUCCACGUAUUGCAAUUCGUGUUACCAUAAUUAUUGCGAUGAUUUGGUUCAUUGUGCCUGUACAUAAUUUCAUUUAUUUGAAUAUCAUUGAUGGUCAAUGCAUAUGGUAUCCUGUUGCUUCGGCAAUCUACAAUAGCAUGUUGGUUGUUAUAGCAGGCGGAAUUAUUCCAAUAACCACUAUGAUUUUAUCGGGUAUAAUCAUACGAAAGAAUCUUCGAAGAAAACGUGAACUUCGUCGAACUCUUAAACAAUCGACUGAUGCAAACGCGAGAGAUCGAAUUGUCGCGUUACGAGAUCGUCAGACGUUGUUUAUGCUAUUUAUCCAAAUCAUUUGUUAUAUAGCGUUAACAUUACCAUGGAUUAUAAAUUUGAUAUACAAUGCUUUUACAUUCUAUAUGACAAAUAAGACAAAUGAUCGAAUAGCUAUCGAUUCAUUUAUUAACUAUACAACUGAAACUCUAGCAUAUAUCUAUUCAACAUCGUCGUUCUAUUUAUAUACAUUAGCAUCACCUUCAUUUCGAGAACAUCUAAAAAAAGUUAUAAGCUCCAUCUGGCACUUCAACUAUCCAUGCUGCGGUCGCUUCAAUCGUGUCGCACCGAGCUAA